AUGUUCCGGAAGAUCAACAAUGUGUUUCGUCCCAACCAUCAAACCAACAGGAGAGGCGACGCUCAAGGAAGAGGCCCCCGCUCUGAGCAGGACUACCACAGCGCCUGCACCGUCCGACUGGUGCGCAGUACGUCCAUGCUGGUGGUGGGGGAGAGGACUCAGACCACGGGCUUAAAGAGGAGCAAGAGUUCCGUGAGCAUCGAGUCCACACUGUACUUGUAUCAGAGACAGGAGGACCGUAUCUGGCUCUACUCCCAGAACCAGAACUGCCUGGAAUACCUGGAGGCGCUGGUGGCCCUGAGGAGAGAGUACAUAAAGAGAGUGACAGACCUCAAGGCGCGAGAAGCAAGAGAGAAGGCCAAAGAGUGCAACCAGAAAAGGUCUGCACCCAAACCUCCAAAAACACAGGAACAUAGAGCCAGAGCCAGUCCCUCUACCCCCUCAGCCCCCUCCACCCCCUCUGCCCCGCCUGAGCCCAGUGAGGAGGACACACUGCAGUUCUUGGAUGCCGUAAUUGCAAGCUGUGACGAUGAGCCUCUUCGCAAACCCUACAAGGACGACGGACAUGCGGAUGUGGACUUUAUAGUGGCCUCCAGCUCAGCAGAACAUGACCUUCACUCAAACUGGUCGCUGCAUGUGCCCCGCGGCUCAGCCGACAGUAAGACUGAAGCAGAUCAAGUCUGUGCCAACAACAAAAGUGUUUCCAAAAAAAAAAGUGGGACUGGCUCCACCAGCAGCAGACUGUGGCUGCAGAGGAAUCCCAUCCACCUGCCCAAAGUGGUGGAGAGCGCCUUCCAGACCAUGAGGCUCAGGCCCAGGUCCAAGAAGAACUGA